AUGUCUCUCGCUAUCGAACCCGUGUAUGAAAUCGAUCCCGCUCAGGUAGGUGAUUUGGAUGUUUUUGCCGAUCCAAACACUGCUCUCAACCAUCUCACUAAUGACAUACAUCCUGUAUGGGCCUAUCGAAACUGGAGCAGAAAUGUUCGCGUAAAGGAGACGCCCAGAAUGGAAUGCAAGAAAUAUCGAGACAGACCGCUCUCAGAGGUUGAUAGACGCGCUCGCUGCAGAGAGCUACCGGCCAGCAUCUAUGAACGUAUCCAGCCAGCAUUACGCCUAGCAUCACUAUUCCUCGAAAAAUCUUUACCAUGGUUCUUCAAUGUAUGUUAUGCACCAUAUCAGUCCUUCGGCAGACCGAAACAGAAGGAAUUGAGACUGGACCAGGGAGAUUGGACCCAAAUCAAAGAAGACCGCAUCCGAAGAGAUCUCAAUAUCAUCGCCCAACGAUACUUCAUCCUACAUGGGCUGUAUGGCUGGGAACUUAACGCCACAGGAGCGAGCCUGUCUGUUCGCGCCAACCUUGACGCCGACGUUCCCGAAGACCCAGAUGAGAAUGAAUAUACCAUCUAUUGGAGUAAGAAAGAGCACCUGCUGACAGUGAUAGCAAAAGAAACCAUCGAGUUCAUGGGCUCGCAACGAUGGCUUGACCUGCCCUUGGCGAUGCAACAGCGUUGCCUCUUUCAACUCGCCUUGUUGAUGGUACAUGAAUUGGCGCAUAUAGUCAAUUUCUACCGUUCUGAAGAAGCUCUCCUCAAUAACGAGCCUUACUAUCGCCGAACAGAGCCAACUCGUGAGCUGGGUUUUAGUUGGGAGUAUUAUAUGUUCGAUGGGCUUGUGGGUGUGGUUGAUGGUGAGUUUACGGGGCCGAGACCGGGGGAUGACACUCAAGGUUUGACGUGUCUUCCCGACUGGCCCUACAAGUUUCAGUCCCAUGUACAGGAUUUUAGCGAAUGGAAGCAUCCGAGAUCCCGCAUGGACGACUUCAAACAUUCCCCAGGUAGGUGGCUCGUCGCUUCCAAGUCGAUUGAGCAGUUCUUCGACAUGCGGAGAUGGAAUCAAUGGUUGGGAAUGCCCAUCAAUCAUGGACCCAUGGACCAAAGCCCUUUUGUGGUACACUUGUCACCUUCGCUUUUCAUGACGCUCUAUCAAGAAAGAUCCUUGUCUUACGAUGUGUGGUUCUAUAGGCGACUGCACAAGGCGACGGGUCUGGUUUGGCCGGAAGUCACUAAUUAUGAUAGUCAUCACUCUGAUACUGAUUGGUCUCCGCCUUCCUCGCCAGACAGUCCUGAAGACCCUCCAGCUUUGGCAAAUGCCAUGGAUACUAGCUGA